CAAUGAGCAAGCUGCACUGAUUAGUGAGCUAUCUUUUCUGGUAGUCACUGAAGCGUAGCUGAAGCCAAAAUACACGCAGUUGGUAUUAAUAAACAUAAAGCAGGAACUGACGACGCUGAAAGCUAUCUGCUCAGUUUUAGAGUGAGCGCAGAACUGGUAAAAUAAUGGACAGUCUGUUUACUGUGCCCAUGUUUACCAUUUUCCUUGUCUCUUCAUGUGGCUUUGCCAGUAGUGAGCAAUACAAGACCUCACAAAGCAGGGUGAGUUAUUUGACAGUUUGAUGUUGCAUUGAUAAUUAUAACACUGUGAUGGUAUAGCACCUCAAACGGGCUCUUUUUUCUUUCAGCUUUUUCCCAACAAUGGAAAUCACAAAGAAGACGUGAAGCUGCCACGCACCAAGAGAAGCAUCGACCUCAACCCAUUGUUAAGUAUGUAAGACAAAUGGUACUUGUUUGCUGGACGUCUUGUCAAUGUCAGUCUCUUUACUGUGUGUUGAGUAGUUCUACGCGCAAACUGAAGAAUACAAAUCGUGAGGGGUUAAAGCCAUAGUGCGGGAAUGGGGACAAAGAAAUCUAAUUCAAAUAGAGAGGCUUUAAUUUACAUGUUUACUUGUUAUGCCCCUCCCUCUGUCUACGUUUUGUUAACAACACGGCCUCGGAGCUCGACCUAUGAUCUGUGACUAGAAUUAUCUUAGUUUAAGAGGUAAUCGCAAGGCUAUAAUUAUUGUUUCUUUUUAAAGUUUUGACAUCUGGUGCUCAAAGGAUUUCGAGCUUCAUAAAUCAACUGAAUUUGACGUUGUUUAAUUGUCGAAUGGAACAUGACACUUUUAAUGAUUAAGUAACAGCUAAAGUAUCAACCUUAAACAAUUAUUGAAAGAGUUAUGAUAAGGAGAAUUGUGCAUAUCGAGGAAGGUGUUAUCCACACAGAAGCCAAAGGCCAAGGUGGAUAACACCCCCCGAGGUCUUCAUAAUUCCUUAUUCUCCACAACGGCCACCGUGGGGACAGAAGAAAGUUAAGUGGUUUUUUGAACUGGUGUAGAAUUGAAGUUAUUUUAGGAGAUAUUAUAGAGACCGGGUGACGAAAGAGCAAUCCUCACAUCUCGGCCAUGAAAGUGUUGAGGGAUAUAUUGGCUCCAAAUCCAGACACCAAGGCCCCAGUAAACAAUAUAUAAGGUUGUCUCUUAUUUAUAUAGUGGUGGCCAUUGUGUCAAUACUUGUUGUCGACUUUGAUUUUUCUUAUGUCUGUAAAUGCACUUUAUCACAGCACCAAAGUAAAGUAUCCGUAAUUUAAAUUGCAUUCCAGUUUAUCGCUGUUCCCUUCCUCUGGGUUUGGAAAGCGGUCAAGUGCCUGAUGCUGCAUUUUCAGCCUCUUCGAUAGCAGGAUCCAAAAAUGGCCCUGAACGCGCGCGAUUAAAUGUUCAAGGUUCCGGGGCCUGGGUGGCAAAGGCGAACAACGGCAGUCAAUGGCUUCAAAUCGACCUUGGAGAGCUGGUUCGAGUUACUAAGGUGGCAACACAGGGGCGGCGGGACGCUGAUCAUUGGGUAACCCAAUUCAGUCUGUCAUACAGCUUGGACGGGACGCACUGGGCUGAAUACAAGGAAAACAGUGUUACACGGGUCAGUUAAUAGGAUAAAUCACUGUUUACAAACAUUGUUUUUGUUGUUCAUAUUUUUAAUAAGUGCAACAAAAGAAUAUUUUGUUUAAAGAACCAAUGCAUUGCUCUUCUGGUUGGCGCAUUAAUAUCAACAGGUAACACCAGCGUGUUUAUCGCUGUACCAAAGGUUGUUAGGCAAAAAAGUCAUUUCAUUCCGGAUACUUUUUCAUUCAUAUCAGUGCUACAGUUAAAGAGCAGUGUCACGAUAUUUUCAAUAAAGUUCGAUUAACUUGCAACUAAUUUGCCAGCCCGCGAACAGCAGACGCAUUUCCGGUCGUCGCUUCUCUCCCUCCGAAAAAUAGCGUCCGUGACGAUUUCCGUGACAUAAAACCUUUUGAGCCAAUCACGGUUUAGCUCUUAAAAUCAAGGAACUAACUCGCGAAACUUCUCGCAAGAUCGGGGAUUUGGGGAGCAGGGAUGGCGCAGUGGUGAUAGCACUCGCCGUCCACCAAUGUGGCCCGGGUUCGAUUCCCGGACUCGACGUCAUAUGUGGGUUGAGUUUGUUGUUGGUUCUCUUCUCUGCUCCGAGAGGUUUUUCUCCGGGUACUCCGGUUUUCCCCUCUCCGCAAAAACCAACAUUUGUAAAUUCCAAUUCGAUCCGGAAUGUUCGAGCGUUUAAUACAUGAGCCCCGGGCACGGGAGAUUGGGCAACCACUCCUCACGCUAUCGAGCUUAAAUAAAAUUAACUUAAUUUAAUUUUUAAUCGUGCGCGGUGGGUAUGUUCACAAGUCGAAAUUGAAAGGACGACUAGCUUCUGUAUAGCCGCCUUUUUUUCUCAGAACGAAAGUUAGUUUACCACAAUUGUGGGACUGAUUGAUGAAAAAGGAAUCAAGGAGAUUCAUAUUGAAGAAAAGAUUAGAGGACGUUUUUUAUCUGUUGGCCUACGGAGUCAAUGAUUUUUCACACCUAAUUGUUUUGAUCAUAUUUGAAACGAUAAAUGUCCUAAUGACAGUUGACGCAUCAUGCCGUUUGUUGUUUUGUUUUCCUUUCUGGUUCCUGGCAGGAAAGUAUGCUUUGGAGAACUCUUCGAUAGUUUGUCGUUUGCCUCUUUAGAUAUUUUUUUAGUAGAUGUCCUUUAUCUUUGAAAGCUAGUACGUGUGGUAAUUGAUUUCCCAUGCGUGGUUGCUUCUUGGUUCAGACAGAACUUUGAUCAGAUCGAAAGCAUUUUAUAUUUGUUCUUAUAUUUCUUUAAAUACAUGUUCUUUUCAAGGUUUUAAUUUCCAUAGUUUUUUGUGAGAUGAGUCGAAGCGUCGCAGCUGAAAUGUCAUCUUGACUAUGAUCAAUUUAGUACUGUAACUAUUUAUUUCACGCUGGGUCUUGCCCAGGUUUAUAUUAUUGCAGAUCGUUGUGUUGUGGCGAUGCUAGAAUUAUUAGCGAGCGAUUGUCAGAGAUUUCUGAAUCAGUCAAGGAUGUGUCUGUUUAAGUGAUUCACCACAUUUUGUCCAGGUUUUGUUUAUGUCACGUACGACCGUAUUUUACAAAGCGAAACCAAUGCCCACAUCACAUACAUAGCUUAAGAAGCAGUUGCUUCAUAAAGAGUCAGCAUUCAACGUCGCAGGAAACCUUGUUAUGGUCGUGAAAUUCACGUUCCAAAGCGUAUUUGGUAACUCUCGCCGAAAUCCAAGACACUUCAGCGCGCGAGGUCGCGAAGGGUCACUCGAGCUGUAUUCUAUCCUUUGAUCCAAUUGGCCAACAUCAAAUCAAAAGGUUUUACGUCACGAAAAUCGUUUUGCCGCUCGGGUUUGCAGACGCUAUUUUUCGGAGGGAGAGAAGCGACGACCGGAAAUGCGUCUUCUGUUCGCAGGCUACUUAUUUGCAAAUGAUUUGGAAAUUGAAGGGGUUGAAAACUAAACAAAAGAAAAACAGUGAGGUAAUAAUAAUGAUGAUGGCGACUUUAAUUAUUAUGAUGAUGAUUUUGAAACGUAGCUGCAUUAAAUCAAAUGGGCUUUCUGUUUUAUAUAAGGGAUAAUCAUAAUAAAACUGCCGUUCUAUGUAGGGCAUCAGGUGGUGUGAGAAUAAAUCUGUCUCAUUUAUAACGUAAACUUGGCGAUGAAAAUGAUCUUUCCAGUGGAUCAACAACCCUUUUUUGAACGGUUUCAGUUUUUAUGGGAGUUGGGGGUUUAAUGAAACGUAUCUAAUUGUUGACCGUUUCCUUUCAACCCCGGUUACCUUAAUUCGAUUAUUACUGCCAUAACAUCCACUUCACUUCCGUAAUUUAACCCUUCUAGAUAUUCCUGGCUAACAAGGACAGAAAUACCAUCGUGAAACACCUGCUUCAGACAGAGUUCUAUGCCCGACUUGUGCGUUUCCACCCUAAAGAAUGGAAUGAGCGUGUGGCAAUGAGAGCAGAAGUGUAUGGGUGUAGGAACGGUACGUUUGGCGUCGUUAAAGGUUGUUUCCAGUCGAGGCGAAGCUACCUUUGAGCCAUUAAGCCCGGGCUUAACAGCUUAAGAGUUUGCGUCAGUAACUAAGCAUAAAACAAUUUAUAUACAUUGUAGAAUUCCUUUUUCGAUCGAACACCCCAAAGUAAAAAUUUCAGCAACCAACCAAUUUCUUCAAAUACACAAUUCACGUCAUUCACGUUCUUAUUGGCUAAACUGCGUACAUGCCAAGGAAGUUAACAUCGAUAAAAACUUUCUUGUUAAAUAAUGUAGAUUUGUGUUGGAACGUAACAUUCAAGUUGUUAAUUUGCUUAUUGAUUUUUAGGUUUGUCGUUGUUUAUAGUUUUAGAAAACACAGUUACUUCUCCUGCACAUUUCUGGAAAGUGGAUAAACGAAACGAAGCCGUUCUUGUCCUACAGGAAGUCACGUCCUAACAAAUAAACUAUAUUUUUUAACAAAAGAGCUUAUAUCGGAAUUUUUGUAAAUUUCUGUAGCAUGCAGACAGUAUUAUUAUUAUUAUUAUUAUUAUUAUUAUUAUUAUUAUAAAUAAUAAUAAUAAUAAUUAUUAUUAUUAUUAUCAUCAUCAUCCUUUAACCUCGGGCUUAAAAAAAAUGCCUGGCUACGCGCGUGGCCCGAACGACCCAAGCUUCAGUUCUUAGUGGGAAAAGUGAAACUAUGAAUCAAGGUUCCGAUGACGAUGAACUCAUAAUCCUAUGUUCCCUCCACACUUUUUUCACUUACUUCUGGAAGAAAACAGCAAUGUUUUUUUUUCACCUCAGUCGUGUUUUUAAAUAAUGCAGCUUAAGUGGUUUUAUGUUGUGCGUGUGUGAAUUUAUGAGCUUAAUCAUAACUAUAACAAAAUUCUCAAAUCUGAUUGGUUAUCAACUGCCCUGAUUUCAGCCUUUAUACUACUACAUGAGAAAUUUCUGCAAUUUGAUUUGCUUAGAGCAGUGGUAUUUCAGCUUUAUUUGAAAUACCUCAUGUGAAAAUUACAAAUCUUUUGCGGGUGGUAGUAUAAACAAAUAAUAGCAUGAUUUGUACCUGAUAUUUGGCAUAAAUACCACUCGUGAUAUUUCAAAAUUGUCUUAAAUUUAUAACAAUUUCGAAAUAUCACUCGUGGUAUUUAUGCCAAAUAUCACUACAAAUCAUUCUAUCACCUAUACUAAUCAUACUCGUGAUUAAACAAAUCGGACUCCCGCUACGCGGUCGUCCGAUUUUGUUAAGCACUCGUAUGAUUACAGACCGAACUGGAUUCCACUCAGUCCUGUUACCAUUACAUGCAGGCAAACUAGGCAAAUAUUGCAUAAUAAACUUAUUAUUUUAGAAUCAGUAAUUAUCUUAAAAGUAUUUUACACGACUUCCUCUUUGUCCAGCCACGUACCCCACAAACCUGUUAGCAAGUGUUGAGUUCUAGCCAGUGGGUCUUAUGGUCCUUUGUUACGUUUUAGAAGUUUGUUCACUUUUUCAUUUCCUUUUAAAGUUCAUAGAUGCUCUGUUCCCCUUGGGAUGGAGGACAGACGCAUUCUUGACAGUGCAAUCACAGCCUCGAGCAGUGUCAACAGCAGCCACGGGCCUUCCAACGCACGACUGAAUUUCUUAAACAAGGGCAGCGAUAUCAGUGCGUGGUGCCCUAAGAGUAGCAGUGAAAAUCAGUGGCUACAAAUUGACCUGGGGGAGGUAACUGCUGUGACGAAGGUGGCAACACAAGGCCGAUACAGCAGCGAGGACAGAGUAACAACAUACACGCUGUCAUACAGUGUGGAUGGGACACACUGGGCUGGAUACAAACAACGCGCUGUGGAUAAGGUAACAUUUUAGUUUGUACUUCACGAGAUCGAUCACCCGAUAGCGGACGUGACUGGUUACAAACAUUGUUUUUGUUAUUUAAAUUUGUACGGAAUGAAGCAAAAUAAGCUUUUGUUAAUUGUUAAAAGAACCAAUGCGCUUCUCUUUGGCACGUUAAUAUCAAUAGGUGACGUCAGCGUGACUACCGCUAUGGCUUCUCCUAGGCUCGACUCGUGGAGAUAAAAUCAAUUAGGUUAUAUUUUUCCUCCUAUUAUUCUCUGGCUUCAGCCGUUGGCGUCUUGAUGCCUCCAAAAUUCUCUCCAUUUAACGGAUAGACACUACCCCAGAGACUAAUCCUUUAGCGUUUAAGAUUGGAUGGGACUGUCGAGGUGGAGGUGUUAGUCUGAGGAGAAUCAAGAGGCGGUCAAGUGGAGUGGGAACCAUGCUAUCAACAUUUUUGACUUUGGCAUUGAAUCAAUUUGCUUUUGCAGAUCUUUGCUGGAAACUCGGAUAGGAACACCGUUGUUACGCACUCGCUAAAUCCCCACAUCGAAGCUCGAUACAUUCGUUUUCAUCCGCAGACCUACAACAGCAAAACGCCUUGUCUGAGAGCUGAAAUGUACGGGUGUUCAGACGGUAGGUUGGUGUUCUUCUUUACCCAAGAAGAUGCAUCGUAGUAGCUGAUGCUUUUUGCUUAUUUAGUCUGCCCAAAGUUGGAUGGUCUCGAUUAAUUUUAGUAUAUUUUAUAACUAAUGGAAACUCUUUUCAAUAUCCGACAACCAAGGAUCAGUCAAGACAUUGACAGAACUUGAGAGAGCGGUCGUUUUCUUAUUAUAAGUCAAUCAAUCAAUCAAUGAAUAAAUAACUCCUUUCUACUUCUUAACGAACACAAUUUCCCGGAUUCGGUAUAGAACAAAUUGUUUCGUUAUGUAGCUAGCCGAUUACUUGUUAAUUAGAAAAUACUUUUUAAUUUCUUAGUAAAGAGCUGCUUAAUGCCGGUGGGAGUGGAGGACGGACGAAUUCCUGAUGGAGCCCUAACAGCUUCGAGCUACCAUAGUGAAAACUAUCAUCCAAGCCGAGCGAGACUUAACUUGCUUUCAACUAAAUACUGCUGGGCUGCGAAAAAGAAUGAUGCCAACCAAUGGCUUCAAGUAUGUUUUCACCUGUUUUCACCUUUCGCGUUCCAUUGUAAUCGGAGUGUAGUUUCGUCUAGAAGCCUGUUUCUGGAAGGUCCCGAUAAUUACCAGAUCCAUGGAUCAUGCCAGAUCUGAAAAGCUGUUUCUGUUUAUAUACGAGAUCGAGGUUGUAAUAGAGCGUUUUCACAUGAUGUCACGGUGGCCAUAUUGGUGUUCCAAAACAAUGAAACGGCCGCCAUGUUGGUGUACCAAGACAACCCUGAGGGAGUUGAACUCGUUUCUUAUGUAAAAGCUUUCUUUUAAUUUGGUACAAUAAGUUCGCAUCGAUGCUGGCCACGUACGUGAAAACGCUGUAUAGUUUUACAAAUGACGUGAUAAAAUUAUUAGUGAACAAGACAAAGUGAACUGGUUUGAGAGCUUAGAACCGUUCUAAGCUAUCAAACCAGUUUACUUUGUAUUGUUAACUAACAUCAAGAAGCAAUAUUUAGAGCAAUUUAUCUCAAGUGAUUGUGACAUUUUCUCAAUAUACUCACUCCUACUCAACCCUACUCAUCUCCUUUUUGCCACAGGCUUUCGUGUUUUCUUUUUAUUUAGUCGUCUGGUUUAGUUGUAUUGUUAUCUAAAUUCAGUUAUAAUGCUCCCACUUAACUUGCAAAUACCAAUAUUUACCUUUGCAGGUUCAUUUGGCUGGCUAUUUUAUCAUAAGAGGCGUGGCCAUUCAGGGACGACAUGAUCGUGAUCAAUGGGUGACACGUUUUGCAGUGAGUUACACUUCGGAUGAUCUUUAUUGGGUUUACAUCCGGAAAGACAGUAAAGUCAAGGUAAAAUAACUGUCAAUUGUACAAAAGCAGCAUUAAUAGUCCUAAUACAGGAGAGAAAAUAUCUUCAUCUGAAUCAUUAACACAUUUGGUCUAUCACUGCUCACGCUCUAAACAGUUUUGGAUUGAAUUUGAACUAUAUUGGUGCCGUAUUUCGAAUCAACGAAUUCGUCACUGCUUGGAAAAUGUGCUCUUUGGAAUUUUGACGGAAAAUGCUUGCCCUUUACUUCAAUUGCUGAACUAUUUUAUAAUUAUUGGAAAACUCUAUUUGUGGGACUGCAGGAGCAAACAAAUCCUUCCAAACAUUUAUGGAUUUAGAGCCAAGAUCAUCGCUAAAUAUGAAACAGAAGAAAAAAUCAGCAACAAAGAAUUCCUUAAAAGAAAGUGGAUACUGACGCCUUAUUUAAGUUAACUGUAUUAACUCCGUAUUAUUUCAUUGCCCUGUUGUACUUUUUUUACAAUUUCUUUUAGCCCUGUAACACCUCCUGUAAUAAUUUGACAAUUUUUUUUGCUUUACUCUGUUAAUGUCUCUUGUUAAAGUGUUUUUUUUGUGUGUGUUUUGUAAAUGUAAUUAUUUAAUGUGAUUAUCAAUAAACAUAUUUAAAAAAAAAUAGAAAAAAAAAAGGUAAAAUAACUGUCGAAACAUGGUUUAACAAAUGAUAAACGACUGUGAGCCGCUUAGCGUUUACUUCUGAGUCAUCGAUUAAUCGAUGCACUCGGGAGGUUGCUUAGCACCAGUGAGGGAUAAGAGUCGCCCACGGCGAUAGCUGGGUACCACUCUAGCUUCCUCUCUAGCUUCAUUUGUUCGUUUGUUUGUUGGUAUCGUGCGCUCGUUCACUAGUUUGUUGAUUCUUUUACUCAUUUAUUCCUUCGUAUAUUCGAUCAUUCGCUCGUUCUUUCGCUCUUUUAUUCGCCCACUAGUUCAUUCGUCCAUUUUUUUCUUUCGUUUGUCUAUUAAUCCAUUCAUUUACUCAAUUAUUCCUUCGUAUACUCAUUCAUUCAUUCGUUUGGUCGAUCGGUCGUUCCUUCGUUCGUUCGCUUGCUCGCUAUUUUAUUGGCUCACUGGCUCAUUCUCCCAGUUGUUUUUUUUUUUUGCGGUGAUUCGUCUAUUCAUCCAUUCGUUUAUGCGUUCAUUUAACCAUUUGUUCAUUCGUUUUCUUUCUCCCUCAUGUUCUUUCUUACUCUUUUUUUAUCCUUCAAUAUUUCCUUGGCUUGCUCCUUUCUUUGUUAUCUUAGGCCAUGUCUACACUUUACCGGAUAGCUCUUUGACCGGCGCGAAAACCCUAUUGGAUUAAGCUUCUGUGGUUAUUUCUGCACGUUUUCUGUAACAGAGCGAAGCUACGCCGCGCCGAUCUUUAAAGUGGAUCUUCAAAGUAUCGGAAAGGUUUCUGUGACACUCUGUCGCGCUAAAGAAGUUUUCAUACUAUACCGGGUAGCUCGGUUUUCAUAUCGCGACAUAAAAAGCUUUCUGUUAUAGCGUAGACAUAGGCUCUGUUGGCACUACGACAAAAAAUAGUGUUUGGCGUUUGCAAAAAAAUUGAAAAUUUUGUAAUCGCAUAUUUUUGGUUCUUGCAACCUUGUUUGCAUCUGGAUGAGGCACCAACAUUUUUCGUAUAACCAGAAACGCCUCGCAACCUCAAUUAAAACUUGUUUGCGAGAAUAAGAAGACGCGGCGAAGGACAGUUGUCAAGGAACAAAGGAUUUUGCCGCCUUACAUAAAAAUUGUAGGCCUCAAAAUUGUCUCGAAGUUGGCUUCCUGAUGACAGAUUUUUUUGCGAAACAAACAAAAUUUUGCUUAGUGCGAACUGAACAAGACUAUAGCCUUAUAUUUUGAACUCAGGUUUGUUCUUUCGUUCACUUAAGUGGUUUAGCGAUUACUUUAUCCCUAGAUUUUCCUUGGUAAUAACGACAGAAGCACAGUUGUCAAGCAUUUCUUCAGUCCUGAAAGUGAUAUUCACGCUCGAAGUAUUCGUUUCCAUCCCAAAAGCUGGCACAAUUACAUUUCAAUGAGAGUGGAGAUUUAUGGAUGUCAAGAUAGUAAGCACGUUCUGUUGUUAAUGCAUGUCGGAUUUUCCCGGAUUUUAGUAACAUGAUGUCUCAAUUGUAUUGAUGCGCGGUACGCUUCUUGAGCGGUAUAGGAGAAUGGACAUGUACGAAAGAAAUAAAGUAUGCCGUGCGCUAAAAGCUCGUUCUGUCGCUUUGCGUCAAAGGGCACAGAGGAGUUAUUUGUGACUUUGGAUAGAAAACUUAUCGGAAGUGGAGGUGGGGGGUGGGGGGUGGUGAAAAAAAUAUAUAUUCGCGCAAGGGAAAUAAACUUGGAAAAAAAUUAAUUCACACGGAGUAACACUAAUAAAUAUUUAUGCACUGUUGUAAAAAAAAGCAAAGCAUGAAAGGGGAAUGUGAAAGAAAAAAAACUCAUGCGGCUCGAAACUGAUUCCCCACCCCCAUAACUUUUGUAAUGGUACGUCCGUCAGUUGAUAGUGCGAUUCGCUUUCGUUUACUGAAGAAUUGAGUAUGAACGGUUGAUUGAAGGGACUAUUGUGAUUUUAUUUUACCAGGAUUGUAAGACGAUCGUAUGAAGGUUUGAUCGAUCAAGUUCAUGUUCGAUUCUACAGUAGGCAAAGGUUAUUCGCGCUAUAUCAAUUGAAAAAUUUAAUUGCAAUGACGGGCACAAAUGACUUCUUCUCUGCGCCCUGUUUUGCUUGUUGUUUUGUUGUUGUUGUUGUUGUUUUUUAAGCAUUUUAAAGCAAAUCUUUAAUUUGCAGCCCAAAGUUGUGUUGUCCCUCUGGGAAUAGAAAGUGGCCAUCUUCCUGACAGCGCAUUGUCGGUAUCUUCAUCGGCGAGUGCUGAAUAUUAUCCUCAGUUUUCACGACUAAACAACAUUAACGAAAAAGGGAACGAUGGGUCUUGGUGCGCGAACAGUAAUGAUGGUAAGCAGUGGCUGCAAGUCGACUUUGGGCAGGAAACCACAAUGACUAAAGUAGCGACACAGGGAAGGAAUAAGGGAGAUAAUUGGGUGAGAAGCUACAGUUUAAGUUACGGCACUGAUGGAAUUCAUUGGGCGUCAUAUACACUUAUGGAUGGACAUAUUAAGGUAUACCAGUAGUCAAAGAGUAGUUUGAAUGCAAAACACGAUUGAUCUAUCUUUUACAUUUCCAAACGACGCCUAAGGUUUGCAAAGGUCUUUCAAAAACAUUGACGAUCUUGUAUAACGGGAAGACACCCUCUUUAGAGGUGUAUUUGUUAAGUUGGAAAAAGGGUCAGGAUUUAGGUUUUGAGUUGAAAUUUACGGAUGGUACUGAUAGUGAACAAUAUUACAUCUUUUUUACAUCGAACUUGGCUUUGUUCACCUUGGCUACUGUUACCUUACUUUACAGGCAAUUACAUUGUACGUGAUUCGCUUGAAAGAAAAUCUUAAGUGAAAUUACUACAGCUCCGGCAAAAGCUGUUGCUCCCAUCUUUUACCUUUCUCUUAAAAAAUUUGCGAAGCGUUUUCUGCCUGAACGUUUGAUGCAGUACCCUUUUUUUUUUCUAUUUAACAAAUAGAUUCCAUGUUGCCGUGCGUCUGUUCAGUAAUAGAUCACAGAUGACGUCAAAAUGUGGUAAAAACAAAGACGUGGCACACGAGCCGCAGGCGAUUGUGUCAUUGAUGUUUUUACCACAUUUUGACGUCCUCUGUGAUCUAUUACUGAACAGACCCACGGCAACAGAAAGAAAAAAGAAACAAGAAAAAAAGACCGAUACACAUACCUGCCUCUUACCGCUUGACUCUUCGAAGAUUUGUGCUAGUUUAGGCAUUUUUAAGGUGGCUUGAUACAGUUUUUCAGGGUCAAUAUCACCCAAGUUUGAGCAUAAAGUACGUCUCCAUAAACAGAGAUUUGGAAAAGUUGCCACCACAGUUGUAUUAGAAAAAGAUGAAAAUUUGUUAUGAUUAGGGUUGCAACGACACCCGAGUUGUCAUAGCGACGAAAUGACGCUAUUACCUAUUUUACUUGCAGCAGUAUAUCUCCGCACUGGGAACUGUUCUUCCAAAAUCGCUUACGGGAGCUUUUUCCUCGAAUAGCCGCCUCGAUGUUCGUGAAGUUUCAAUCUUUUUCAAAACGUGUGUGAAAGAUCGUGCCGAUUGCUACAAAGAAGGGUUUGAUUGGUAUGUAUCGAAGUGCUCUUGUUAGCGGUUUUGUGAAUAUUUUGGUCUUCUUUAACACAUGUUUUCGAUAGAUUUUUUUGUAAAAUUUAAUAUUCUUUAGAUUAACUUUCCGUUUAUAUGACCUUUUAGUUUCAAGAUUGUUGAUACAUUGUAAGGCAGUAAAAUAAGGGCUACAAUUCGUUAAUUUUUUAUCGGAAGUUUCGUCAUCACAAGUAAAAGCCUCUCAUUAUUCAAGGUAUUGUCUCCAAGUUUCAUUUUCACGUGAACAGCAGUAACUAGCAAUGCAUUGUUAAUUACUAUUAGUUAGUUAGUUAUUAUUCAAACGAAAAUAUGGAACCUGGAGACAAUACCCUGAAUAAUGAGAGGCUCUCGCUUGCAAACACAAAAUUUCUGACAAAAUAUUAGCGAAUUGUAGCCCUUAUUUUACGGCCUUACCAUAUAUCAAUAAUCUUGAUACUAAAAGGUCAUAUAAAAGGAAGGUUAAUCUUAAGAAUCUUAAAUUCUUAAAAAAAUCUAUCGAGCGGUUUAAAAAUUAUUCGCUAAUUUGUUAAAGUAGACCAGAAUGUUUACAAACCUCUAAAAAAAGCGCCUCGAUACAAACUAAUUAAAUACUUCUUUGUAGCAAUCGGCUUGAGCUAUCUCCAUAAUCUUUCACACUCGUUUUUAAAAAAAUUGAAACUACUUUGAGGUGAAAUUGCAUGUCACAAGCGCUUUGUUUCUUGCAGAUAACAGCCGAACAUCAAGAUUGUCUCUUUUUUACCGUAUUUCUAAGCAUAAAAAGUUUAUCCCAAAAUAUCUCGAUAACUCUCUAACAGAUUUCAACUUCAAGAACAUCGAGUCGGCUAUUGGAGGAAAAAGCUCCCGUAAACGAUUUUGGAAGAACAGUGCCCAGAGCCGAGAAAUACUGCUGCAAGUAAAAUAGGUAAUAGCGUCAUUUCGUUGCUAUGACAACCCCGAUGUGAUUGCAACCUUGAUCACAACAAAUUUUCAUCUUUAUCUGAUACAACUGUGGUGGCAAUUUUUCCAAAUCUUUGUUUAUGGCGACGUAGUUUAUGCUCAAACUUGGGAGGUAUUGACCCUGAAAAACUGUAUCGAGCCACCAAGUCCCAAGUGCUAUUUUUCGUCUCUGCUGCUUCUUUUUUUCUUUAUUUUACUUUUUACAGUUUCUUAGAAUAGUUUUUCAACGUCUAUUCUUGCUCAAAGCAGAAUAUGUACGAUGGCGAAGCAUUGUGCAAAACAGCGAGUCUCUCGUAACGAUGACACCCGAUGGCAACUGUUGUGAAAAUUUCUUGUAGUUUAGGCGUUCUCAAGUUGUAAAGAGCUCUUUAUGUCUCUGUUUCUCCAUUUUUCUUCUUUGUAGAUAGGUCCUGCUAAGAUUUUUUCAAGGCUUUCACUUGCUUGAAUUCGAAAUAAUCUCACAAAGAUUUUUUAAAACCGCGCGCCAUUUUGAACAAAGACAAGUUUCCCGUGACGUCAUUCAUGUAUCUGUCCUCCGAUAGAUCAUGGGCAAAGACCAAUCACAGCGCGCGUAGCAUUCACAUCAUUGUAUAAAAGAAUAUAUUAUAUAAGAAUGUCGAGGCUGAAAUUUGUGAAGUUGUAAAAAUAUUUUAAGAAUAAACCGAGGGUGAGAUUUUGAAAAGGACUUAAUUUUGUGUUUAAAAAUCUGUAAGUACAGUACAGUUUAUGUUUUUAACUGAAGCGUGUACAUUCUAAACCGGAAUGCCAUAAGCUAUAAUUUGUAUUUAAGAAUAAGUCAAGAAUAUUUCAGCCUAGAAUAGACAGAAAAAUAUGAAUAUUCAGCCUGGGAUGGAAAAAUAACAUUUUUAUAAGUAUUUAAAAAAGAGUGCAUAUAAGAAUGACGUUAAACAUACUGCUUUCUUAACUGAAAUUACCUGUUAUUGCUUUAAGUUUUGAUGAAUUUUACAACAUUUAGGUAUUUGGUGGUAACAUCGACAUAAACACUCCCGUUUACCACUAUCUUUACCCUCCAAUCUACGCCAAGUAUCUUCGAUUCCAUCCAAAGACUUGGUACUCACAUAUUUGCAUGAGGGUAGAAGUAUACGGUUGUCAAAAAUGUAAGUACUCCUUUCAAUGUUUUACCUCUAGCUCAUUUAUGAGAGAUAUGAAGUACCUUUAGUGUGACACAAACAUUUCUUGUCCUUACGAUUUGAGCAAAAUUGGACAGUUCUGUUAGAUCGUCUGAAACAUUGGGUACUUACUGGAAAAAAAAACAGACUGAAAUUAGUUUACACCUUUCCGUUUGGGAAGCCUCACAAAAUACUCGUCUGGGCUGUGAUUUGACGGAAUGCAAUUUUUCUACUCUUGUAAUUCUGUUCAGCCGAUUUGAAUAUACACGUCAAAUUUUACAGUUUUAUGUAAUUGUUUAUGCACAGGAUUUUUCACCCGGCUGGUUUGUGUAAUUAAUGUUAAGCACCCAUUGUCGACUUAAAAAAACAACGACAACAACAAAAAACGAAUCAAGCAUGUAAAAAUUACGCAUCAGUCAAAUCCAACUGCGAAAAAAAUGACAUUGAAAAAUGAAGUUUUUUAGACUGAGAUAGGGUCAGGAUUUAGAGAACCGGUCGGCACACCUCCGCCAAUAAUUUUUAGGAGUACAUUCCAGGGGUACAUCCCGCGGGCAUUUGCCACAAUAGGUUACUCUAUCUUCUCCUUAACAUCUUCUUCAGAGGCCGUGGUAACGCUUUCGCUGGCUAAUAUUCUGUAGGGGCGGCAAUAUUCGAACAGACUGUGAAGACAUUUCAAAUCUUUAAUACUUUCUUCAACCAGGACUAGAAUUUUUAAAAUGGGGGACAAUUUUAGCCUCCCACACAUACCACAGUUCUUUUCACUCGUCACGCAAUGGCCGGGGAGGGAACGAAUGACGUAGCCCUAAGACCAUCAGCGUAAUUCUUGGCGCAGCAUGACAAAUUGUCACGAAAGCCGGCAGACCAAUGUACCCCGGCCCAUUAUGGGCGCCUUAUUUCAUGAUUGUUAUUAGUAAUUAAGUAAGUAAGUAACUUUAUUUAACCAGGGUAGCCCGUUCAGCAACGAGGCUGGUAUCCAUAGGGGCCCUGAGAAAUAAAAAAAGUAUACCAUUUAAAAAUUCCUAAGGUAUGUACAUGAUGAAAAUCAACAAUAAUAAUGUAAAAUUCUAGCUAGGUCGAUAUAAAAAGUGUGUGCUAAGAGAUACGAAAUUAAAAUUAUAAGGUAAAAUACUCGGUCAGCAUCUUUUUAAAACUAUUUACAGACGUGGCACUUUUAACAUAAUUGGAUAAAGAAUUGAAAUAAAAUAGCCCCAGCAUACUUAAAAGUUCUUUUGCCCAUGUUACGUCUAGGCCUUGGUGGGUGCAGGUCGUUGUUUCUCCUAGUUGCAUGAUCAUGGAAAUCCACAUUCCUUGUAAAAUAUUGCGUAAGAUACUUGGGUACUAGAUUAUUUAAACUCUUAAAAACUAGAAUGCAUUUAUGCAUUUUUCUUCUGGAAGCUAGAUUUAACCAGUUUAGCGCACAGAAUGUGUCAUUUGAGGUGUUCUCCCGUAAUAUAAUUCGAGCUGCACGGUUCUGUAGGCGGUGUAACUCUUUGCAACACCCCUCUGAGAUUUCCCCCCUUGCAACAUCAGCAUAGUCAAAUAAUGGCUGCAAGAGUGAAGUGUAUACCCUGUCUAGAGGCUUCCAGCGUGAGGCAUAUCGUAUACGAGACAAAAGCCCCUAGCCUCCUGACUGACUUUGCUGCUUACAUACUCGACUUGAUCUUUCCAAGAAAGGUUCUCACCUAAAACAACACCUAAAUAGCUAAAUUUAGCUACUCUUACUAAAGUCUUUCCGUAUAACUGUAUACAAAAAUUUGGUGAUUUGGCAAGAUUCUGCCAACUUCCAAGGAGCAUUGAUUUUGUUUUACUCUGAUUAAGGAUAAGCCUUCUACUUUCCAUCCAUUGCACAACCUGAUUUAAAUCAUCGUGUACUAUCCUAGCUAUCUCCGAGGUGCAAAGAUUCGUAAAAUACAUUACAGUAUCAUCGGCAUACAUAUUAAUAGAACAGUUUUGUAAACACUGGGGCAGGUCAUUUAUGUAUAAAACAAAAAGCAGAGGCCCCAAAAUUGAACCCUGAGGGACGCCACAACGGAUGGCUCCUGUUGAGGAUAUGUCAUUUCCAAAUUACACUCUUUGAGUUCGUGUGGUAAGAUAGUUCCGGAACCAGUCCAGACUACGGACUACGUCUCCUGACCAAGUCGAAAGCUUUUUUCAAGUCAAUAAAAAGAGCUCCUUUAAUCAUUUGCCUACCUAUAUGUUCCAAAAUAUAAUCAGUGAGGCAAACUACCGCAGUUUCAGUAGAGUGCGUCUUUCGAAAACCCGAUUGGUAGUCUGACAAUAAGUCAUGUUCUGUCAAAAAAGCCAAGAAUUGUACUUGAAUAGCGUGCUCCAUAAUCUUUGACACCAGGGGAAGAACUGAGAUUGGUCGGUAAUUAUUCACAUCGUUCCUUGCUCCUGAUUUAAAAAUAGAUGUUACUCUUGCAUCCUUCCACUCAGCUGGAAUAAGUCCUGUUGAAAUGGUAAGGUUAACCAGAUACGUGAUCGGUUUAGCUAUAACUGGAGCUACAUCCUUCAAAAGUCUUGCAGUGAUACCAUCAGGACCCGAGGCUUUAGUCACCUCGAGUUUAGCCAGCUCCUUCAAAACAAAGUUAGUUGACACCUUUUGAAGAACAAAGUUAUCUUGUUAUAAAUAGUUCGAAGGCAAAAAAAGUGCCAUAAAUUAAAAUCAAUAACUGUGUAUAAAGCUAUCUGUUCUUAAUAGUUUAAAAAAAGAUUAAAGGAAGUUCUUCAAAUGAUAGAUUGAUCAUACAUGAUAAAUAAAUGAAGUAUUAAAAUCAUUACCCCAAAAUUUUAUUCAAGCCCUAGAUCAAAAGAAAUUUGAUUCAAUUAAAAAAACGUCGAUUCAGUUGCGUCGACAGAUGCAGAUUUCGCAGUGUAAGUUCUGUCUUGAUAAACAAUGAAGAAAUACGUGCAUAAAAUCUAGAAAACAUGCCUCUUAAAACCUCUACAACUUUAUUUUUCGUGUCCUUAAUUUGAUAGAUGAGCCAAUCUGAUCCCUGGGCCAAGCAAAAUUUGUUAAUGCCCCACCCCGGGCCUGACAAGGUAGGCAAAUGCCCCCCAGUGCCCCGCGGGGCCAGCGUUGUACUUAUCCUUGUAGUCUUGGUUCAACUUCUUUAAUCAGACCAUCAUUGCGUCAUGUCACUCGGAGUAGAAGAUGGUAGGAUUCAAGAUAGCGCCAUGUCUUCCUCGACUAUUCACGCGUCCAGUAGUAAUUUCGCCGCAAACCUUGCACGUUUAAACCUGGUGGCUGUGUCUUCUAAAGCAGGAGCCUGGUGUCCUAACAAUAAAAACGAUCAACAAUGGCUUAAGAUCGAUCUUGGAGUCCUUACUACUGUGACUAAGGUGGCGACCCAGGGAAGACAGGACUCCAGUCAGUGGGUGACCAGUUACUUCAUAUCAUACAGCAUCAACAAUUCUUAUUGGGCGAAUUGCACUGAAGAUGGUGAAAAAAAGGUAAAAGGCAAAUAAUAGUACACGGAAACCUUUUUUAACUGCCCCUUGUCCACACCAUUUUGUUAUGAACACUUCUCCUCGUUGCGUGCUUGCGGGCGAGAUUCCCGGGGUUGGCACCACUCAACGUUAGAUAGAUUUGAAGUGUGUGUGGGUGUGUGUGUGUCUGCAUGGGUGUUGUUGUUGUUGUUUGUAAUAUUGUAAUUGUUGUUGUUCUCUCUUUUACGCCGCCCUCCGUUACUAGAAAUUGCCCUUCUGCCUGAAUGCACACUUUUUCUUUUAGUCAUUUAUUAAAAUUCCUGUUGCUUAAAUUCCUUAUAAAGAGCCCUUUUUGUAGCCUGCGUCGCACACAUUAUAAACCGCUGUAUAGAGCGUCAGACAGACUAUACUAAUGGCCUAGAGCAUGCGUAGGCUGGCUGCAACGCAGGGUACCUUUCUGGAGUGUCCACGUUGAGCACCUUUUUCUUUUUUCCCCUCGCUCUCAGCUCGAACCACACUAACCACAGCGGGUAAUAGGGACCGUAAGCAGCGACGACGACGACGGCAGUGAAAACAUCACAAAAAAAAAAAAAAACCAAUUUGCGUCUUUUAAACUUUAUCACGUCUAUUUGGAACCGUUCAAUUCGUCAAAUAUGGGUGACUUUUCCUGGAGUUAAAUUCUCAAGGGCUUUAUCUAUGUUCAAAUAGAGAAGGGAAAAAGUAUGUCCACGCGUAAGUCCUCUAUAAAACGUCGCGUUGGGAGGUUUCACGUGGUAGUCGUGCAGUGGACGUCAAAGAAAUGUACCAAAAAGUGUGAUACACGUGCAGAGCAGUUGUUUUGCUCAUAAAACCUGUGAAUUGUUUUUUGACAUUGUUGUUGUCGUCGUCAUCGUAGUUGCUUAAGCUCCCUAAUGAAUGUAUGAACGGUCAACUCAACCGCAUUCGACUAUUGCAAUUACCGCGGUUGCACGCGUUUAGCUUUUGUCCCGAGCCGAUUAGCAUAAACUCGGUCUUAGCCAUAUUAAGUGUGAGUUUGUUAGAGAUCAGCCAUCUGCUAAUAUUUAGCAAGUCUUCAUUCAAACAGGAGUGAAUGAUAUCAGCGUAGGUUUGAUGCGUAUCAUCGGCAUACAUUCUAGGAUAAGAGUUAGUUAAGCGAUUUGGUAAGUCGUUUAUGUAUAGCAAAAACAAUAGAGGACCCAAUAUGGUCCCUUGAGGGAUAUCACAGUCCAGAGAGCAGGUUUUGGAAAGUGAGCCACUAACAGAACAUAUUUGAGUUCGGUUUUCUAAUUAUGAUUUAAACCAAUUGUAAGCAUUUUCUUGAAUUCCGUAGGCGCUUAAUUUAGACAGUAAUAUCGUGUGGUCUACUGUAUCAAAGGCCUUUUUUUAAAUCUAGAAAUACCACAGCAUUAACGUGUCCACGAUCAAUAUCAAAAGCCCAGCUAUCGGUCGCCUCUAGUAAAGCAGUGACCGUAGAAUGGAUAGAGCGAAAUCUGGAUUGACUUUUUGAAAUAAUGUUAUGUUCUGAUAGGUACGCGUAUGCUUGAUUGUACGUUAUUUUUUCGAAUACUUUGGCUACCACAGAGAUAACAGAAAUGGGACGAUAUGCUAGAAUUUGCAUGUCCAAAGUUGACUUCAUAAAUAGACUCCGUGGACUUUCAUUACGCCUCAGACAGCAAGGCUUUGAAACCAAUCUACUUCAGAAAUCAUUUAAUAAAUUCUUCAGUCGCCAUGGUCUUAUCGUCGAGAAGUAUGGUGCAGCCCUGCGGGAGAUGAGAUUAGCAAUCCAGGCUUGAAUUGCACCAUCGUAUCCUUACGUUCCUUGUUUAUUGCUUAGAGUUGUAUUUCAGUUGUAUCUUGGUACUUAUUUUGAGCGGGCGCACUAUUUGUUUAUUUAUUUAACUGACGUGUACAUUUAGUUCGUUAAUUAACGUCUUAAAUUUACUUUGCGUUAUUUUCCUCACUUAUAUGUGUUGUCCGUGACUAUGCGUUGACUGUGCUCACAUGGUGGGUGGCUGCUCCUAAAAUGUUCUGCAAUUGGUAUAAGAUUUAAUGGCGCCAAACAGUUGCGACACGUAGAUAUAUAUUUUUUAGCAACUACUAUAAUUUGCAGUCUGUCCACUUUGAAUUGUUCAAUGCUCAGGUGUAUUUCGACUAAUGUUGUUUGGGGAAGCUGUGGCAUAAAAUCUUGUAGCGUGAGCUCUAACUUUCUCAAGCUAUGACGCAGAUGCAUCGCAGCUGUUGCAAAAUUUAAAUUGGAAAAAUCUUAGUACUCAGCGUGAUAUCCAAAAAGCCUUAAUGGUUUUUAAAUCCCUUAAUGGCCUUGCUCCUGAGUACCUAAGCUCGAAAUUUAUUGUUCGAUCUAAUACCACUUCAUACACUUUUCGAGAUUCUGUAAAUAUAUUAACUAUUCCACAGCCAGGCACAAAUUAUCUCCGUAAUAGUUUCCGCCACAGUGGUGCUGUUCUGUGCAAUAGUUUUCCUGGAACAUUAAGGCAAGCAGAAUCCCUAAGUCAAGUAAGGCACGGCAUUCACUGAAAACGGGCUUUCUUUUUUCGUAUAUACUUAAUGAAAUAAUUUUAAUACUGUAUUUAGCGGAACCCAGUAAAUGUAAUUAAGGUUUUUAAAUUUUUUAUAUUUCAUGCCUGAUGAAUUUGUAACACCGUGCAUAAAUAAAGAUUACCUUACCUUACCUUUACCUUACUUUACCUUUACUGUUUUCCCUCAUCGGUCGAGAAGAACUUUGUUUUUAUGAGUAAAUGUUUUGAUUCGACGGGCGACAUUGCUCAGCUAGACUUUUAGCGUUGCAUCUAAUUUGCCCUUUAACUGUUUUCACCCAACUACCAUUGCUGCCCCACCCCUCUCCCCCUUCAUUUCGGUAAUCUCAUAUUCCCCUCUAUGUCUAACACAACUUCGACUUUCGAGCUUGCGCAUUUAACAAAAAUUGACUGUUCUUGUUCGGCCGGUAUUUAUUAUUUAUUACAUAACUUAUUUUUUCAACACUUAUUUAAAAACUUAAAUAAACUGCGAGGAUCUUCUUUGCAUUUUUUUCUUUAUUCUCCGGUUACAAUAAUUAUAUGAAGUUCACAUAUUUAUUAUCUCAAUGGUUAUCUUUUCAUUUUCAAAAAAAUAUAUACAUUAAAAUAUCAUUCAUUAAUGGAGUUCUCUAUAUUUUAGGUAGUCUGAAAUAUCACCUGUCUCUACUUCUCAGGUGUUUCGGGGAAACUUUGAUCAGCAUUCCAUUGUCGUCCGUGAAAUAUUCCCUCCAAUUCGAGCACGUUUCAUCCGGAUUCACCCUUUGACUUGGCAAAACUAUUUCUGUAUGCGCGUUGAGCUCUUUGGCUGUCCUAUAAAGGCAAGUGCGCAAAAACAAUAAGCCUCUUUUAACCAAAAAAUCCAUUUCCAAAGAGGCUUAAUCAAAAUAUUUAAGAGUCGGUUUUAGGGAUUUAUUUUUCUCCUUUGUUUAAGAAAUGAAUGCUGUUGCUUACUUGUAAUUUUGAAAAAAAGGGCGAGAAAAUUGUUGGAAAGAGCUGAAUAAGCGGAAGCUGCUGGCGAAUGCCUUUCGAGGUCUUAAAACAACAACAACAAACAAACAAACAAUCGGCGUGCUUAGCUGAUAGCCCACAUUCUAUUAGGCGAAGGUGACCCUGUCAAAACCCUUAGGGAGUAGGGGGAAAGGGUGCGACGAACGUUUUAAAACAUAGCCAUGAUUUAUGGGAGCCAAAACCACUCGUUUCAGACAACAUUGAUUUCCUUUGUCUGUUUACAAAAAAGAGUGGAUUUACUUGGACUAUACCGUAAAUGACGUAAUAAAUGCCUGGGGCAUCUUUUCAAUUUCAGUGGUCCAAGCGGGGACGUUUAAUAGAUGUGGGGCGCUUAUUUAAGAGAGGGGUUUAUUCUCGUAACUUAAGCCUGCGUGGCAGGCGCUCGAAAGGGAAGGGAAAUAGGAUUUUGACGCAGGCUACGUAACUUUAACGAACUCAACAAAACUUAUGCAGUAUGAUUUCGGCGAAAAUUCCGUCCAUCUAAUGAUAUUUCCAGGCGGUCGUUUGAUACCCGUUUUCACAGCUUAAUCAUUUCAAAAACUGGAUUACUGCGUAGUUAAUAUGCAUAUCAAAGAGCGCUAUUCUGACUUUUGAAAUUCAGCAAGACCUGAUACACAAAAUAUACAAACCGCUGUUAAUCAAGCAGUGAAAUGGAGGUAAAUUGAUUGAUUUUGCCCCUUUUCGGCAUUUCUUAGUUUCCUAGUAUUCUGGAGCAAUUUUCAAGGGGGGCGUUUAGUAGAGAGGGGCGUCUAAUAUAAUCUUAACAGCGUUGCGUUUAUCCCUAGGUCAUUUACGGUACGCGUAUAGUCCUUCGAUUUACCCUUGAAAACAAUACUAAAAAUACAAUUGGGCUAAUACGACAGGUAUACGUGUACAUUAAAACUGCCGGAAUCCUUUCAAAUUAUUGCUCGCUAAAUUUAUUACGCAAAUUUCAUUUUUGUAGGGCAUUUAGGCCAGCAAGGACGCACCAGAUCGAGAUAUGUGAGAAACGAGCAUGGAAAGAUAGUGUAGACUUAAUCAUCAAACGCUAAUGUAAGAGUAACCCAGUUUUAGAGAUGUCAAAUAAAGAAUUGGUGUACGAUCUUUAAAAAGCAAAAAUCGAUUGAGUCUCAUUCGUCUUUAGCCUUUAGUAUCUACGACCAUUUCCUCUGAAAUAAAUCCGUUAUUCUCUCCCUCAUCACCUGUCAGCAAGUGGAGUUUUUUUUUGGUACAAAGGGUUUUUAUAUUCGCUCUAGACAGUAGAGUAUCUUGCCCUUAUAAAUAAGCUCUAAGAUGAUCAAUCAUUCAGAAGAAAAGAACCAAUAUUAUCUACUUCCUCUUUCAAUUUAACAGUCGUUUAUGACGUUUAUAGUUCUAAAAUCUAACUUCCAUUUUUCCGUAGCAGAAGGAAACCGAAAUUAAGGAGUUUAAAACAACUCCAAAAUAGUGCACAAUUGAAAAUAUUUUGAGAGUGAAGCCAUUUCCCGAACAGCGUCUUUUAAUCGAGCCUAAAAAGCUCGCUUGAAUUUUAAAAUCGAGACAGAAGUUUUUGGCUUUGUAUUCGUUCGACAUUCCAAUGAGAUCUGAGCGGCUUCAGAGAAUCGCUAGGUUCCCGAUCUAGAAGUAAUUGACGUGCUUUUUUUCCUUUUUUUUUCAAACGAAUGCCAAAGAAAACACCAAUUUAGUGAUCUUUUCUUUUACUAUUUUAUCGGAUGUGAUAGCCCCUUUGUCUGCCGUGCUUGUAGGCUGUAUAAAAGUCCCACUCUUGGGAUAAUUAUCGCUUUUGAUAAUUGAAAAUGAAUUUACAUCGUGCCGGGGCCUUUCUGCAUCUUCACGGAAACUUGUUAUCAAAACUUCGUUGGCUAUCUCAGGAAAACCAAACCUUUCCUAGAGAUUUUUCAUGACAACUUCUUUAAACUUUGAUAAGAAAUUUUUCAUCCGCACAAGAGAACUUCAGCUGCGCAGGACGAGACAACUACUUUGAUGGUGACCUCUAGAUUGAAUUGGCUAAUACCUCCCGAUGCAUCAAGAUUGCGCAAGCAUGGUGGAAAGCUAAGAGAAGGCGUUAGCAGUUGUAAGUCAAAGAACAUCUCGCACUUCCUUUAAAUUGUACAUUUCAAUUUCUUGCAUGGCGUGCUGAUUGACUGAGGGGGGAAAAAAGCGCUCAAGCAAACCGCAAAAUCGCAAAUUAAAUUAGAACACGCAAAAAUUUUUAAGCUUAACAGGUGUAAUCAAUAUCUUAUGUGUAUCCUAUAAUACAAGCUACAGAUUUUUAAUAAAUACAAAUUUAAUUAACUCUAAGCGAUGUGCACUUGGUGAACUUGGUUGUUUAAAUGGCCAAACUGUGUAAGUUUCCGCCAUUCAGUGAAUCCUGGCAGCGUGCUUGACAGCAAUUAUACACGAUUCCAGUCUUCCGUUCGUGAAGGUUGCAUAAGGGUACCGCUAUCUCCUUAACUUUUUUUUUCUUUGGUUACCCUAUUGACCCACAGGCGUUAUUACUCGUGAGAAAAUGAAACUAGUAAUUUCGCGUUACUAUAACCUCUACUUCGCUGACACCCCAGGACCGGCCAAUCAGCGUGGCCGAUAGAGGGUUGUCUUUUGCGUUAGUGUCAAAUAUAGCAGAGCCACAAUUCACUUGUUGACUCAAAAAGACGCUGAACGCAAGCUACUCAGCUUCAGAACACUAAGCGCUACUCACUCACUACUCGCUACUAAAUACUACUCAGCUUCAGAACACUAAGCAGAGGGAAAAGAAAUGAACAUCGUGUCCUCCAUAUCCACGGUUUUCACAAUCCUUUUGGUAUUGGCAAGUGCCUAUUUCAGCAGUGAUCAUGAGCAGUCAGAGAUCUCGCGAGACAAGGUGAGCGAUUUUUUUUGCCAUGGUUUAACGUUUCUUAAGUUUUGGCGAUAAAGUCACGUAGAAUUGUUCUUUCAUUUGUUGUAGGUCCUUGGAAGACUCUAAGCUAUCACGACAGAAAAGAAGUAUCGAGUUAAACCCAUCAUUAAGUAAGUUAAAAAGGUUUUGACUUUUUUUUGUCUUGUCAUGUCGUGUGUUUUUCGUAGACUGUUGUUGUUGCUGUUUUCUCUUCUCAUCGUAAAGGAAAAUAAAAACACGCGAAACGCCGGCGGUUAGGGACAAGGUUGAAGGGGGGGGGGGGGUGGGGAGGGAGGGGUUGAGAAUAGAAAGACUUCGAGUUGAUUUUAAAACUACUCCCCAUCCCGACCCGAUGCCAUUAAAAUUAAACUAUUUUUAGGAAGACAUUGAGAGAAGGGGAUACAAACAAGAGAAUUAAAUAAAAUAGAAAAACAUUAAUAAAACAUUAAUUUUUUUUCUAUAGAAUUACCACGGACGGUAACUGAGCGCCAAUCGCAACCUCAAAAGCAGCUUUUGAAGGAAUAUCGCCUUGUAUUGAUUACGAAACAGAAGGGGGAAUUGGUUAAAGGCAAUUGCCUGUAUGAAAUCGAAAUAUUCGCCAGUUAUAGGAAAGAGAAAAAAAAGAAAGACUAAAAAAGAAUUUUGGAACUCCAUGCCAAAGAUGGACCAAUAUUCAAUACGUGCGGCCGCAGUGAGACAUAGAGAUUUUUACCACCAGCAUGUAGGACAAUAAUUAACUCAAGGUUUUUUAGGACAAAUUGAAUUGUCUAAUUUCGUGUAACUAUGAACGACCAUAAAUCGUGCCUUAUUGUUUCCUUGCUUGUAUAUUUUGUUCUAGACCGACCACUGGCACGUUCUAAUAGGACAGGCUUCUCGAACAGAUUACGAUCUAUUACGAUCUAUUACGAUCUCAGUCCUUUUGGAACUUUCCGAGUACCUCAAUUACAUUAGUUACGUAGGGUUAGUGCCUUCACAUUGCACAUUCUUUACAUUCUUCUGAUUUGUUCAGUUAAGUCCAGUUUUUUCAUCUUUCGCCUUGCUGCUGAAAGCCGAUCUUGGCGUCUUCAGUCCUUUAGUUCUGCGGUAUAUAUGUUGGCUAGCAUAAAUGUAACGCAAUGACAGCGUGAUCGAAAUAAUUAUUCUGAAUUCUGAAUGGGUUUUUAAAAUAGAGAUUUGGAUGUUCCCACGACAAAUUGAACUUCUCUGGACCGUGAUGAUGAUGAUGUACGCUCAAAACUUAUCUUAAAACUUUUGUUCCAGAGUACGGCUGUUCCCUUCCGCUUGGUUUGGAAAGCGGCCAAGUGCCUGAUACUGCAUUUUUAGCCUCUUCCGUUGCAGGAUCGAAAAAUGGCCCAGAACAAGUGAGGUUAAUUAUACGUACUGAUGGGAAAGGUUUCGUCGGUUGGGCUGCAAAAGAGAACAACGACAGUCCGUGGCUUCAAAUUGACCUUGGGGAACUGGUACGAGUUACUAAGGUGGUAACACGGGGGAAGCAGGACGCUGCUCAUUGGGUCAUACAAUUCAGUCUUUCGUACAGCUUGGAUGGAAGGCACUGGGCCGAAUACAAGGAAAACAGUGUCGCACGGGUCAGUCAAUUCUUAAACUCCUUUCAUGUAUUAUUUUUAGGUGGAGUAAAACUCCCUCGGAAGAUUUCCGCAUGCAGCCGUGGUUUGUGCCAGAGUUAUCAUCUUAAUCAUUUAAUUGAUAGGUAAGCUCAUUAUUAAUACAACCUUACAAUAGCAGCGGAAUCUCCUGUUGGUUAGUGCGAGUUUCAGAAGUUUCCAGAGUCUCGGCGGACAAAAAUGUCAGUAAAUCGCUGAGAACCCCUCUUUCCCUUUCCUGGGGUCGACCACCUAAUGACUGUAAUAUUGUUUAUUUUUUUUAAAGGUCUUUAUAGGUAACAAGGACAGAAAUACAGUUGUGGAGCAUUGGAGUUUUUUGCCCGACUUAUUCGUUUCCAUCCUGAAGCAUUGAAUGAACUUGUACGGCCGCGGGUAUAGAAGCGUACGGCUGUAGAAAUGGUACGUUUAUACAAUCAUUUUUACUUGCCUUUGCCAUACGUUUUCAGAUGUUUAAAACUCAUUAAUAAUUCAUAAAGAAAAAAACAAAAAAGUUUAAAAUGCUUAGUGAGUGUCUUUAUAUCUGCUAUACUUCAAAAUAACCCCAAAUCUUAAUAUUAGUACAAGGCUGCUUAAUUACAUCCGAUUUGUGGGAAAAUAUGCCCUUUUUGUUGCAAAACUUAUUUUUGGCUAUUGCUAUGCUAAUUAGCCGAAAACUAGUCCAAAAUAAGUGGAAUUAGUGAAAAAUGCGGAUUUUUUUGGCUACCCGCUGCCCGUCAUGAUUAUCAAAGAUUUAAAACUAUUCAAGGAUGCACAAAUGAAUUACAUUAUAUUUUUAUUUCCUUGAUAUUUAAUCAGUGAGCGAUUAAUUCUCAGUUAAUAUGCAUUCAGUCAACUCUCUCUUAUCGGACACCUCUCUAACACGGACACCCGGUGUUGGUCCCCGUCGUUUUUCGAUCAGUUUACUUUAACUAUACUCUCUAUAAGGCGGACACCCCUCUAAGACGGACACCCGGUGUUGGUCCCUGUCGUUUUUCGAUCAUUUUACUGUAACUAUACUCUCUAUAAGACGGACACCUCUCUAAGACGGACACCCGGUGUUGGUCCCUGUCGUUUUUCGAUCAUGUUACUGUAACUAUACUCUCUAUAAGACGGACACCUCUCUAAGACGGACACCCGGUGUUGGUCCCUGUCGUUUUUCGAUCAUUUUUCUGUAACUAUACUCUCUAUAAGACGGACACCUCUCUAAGACGGACAACGGACACUUGAGAAGUGCUUUAUGCAGCAGUGAAAAAUAGCUCCAAGACGGACAGUUAGGGUCGGUCCCGAAGGUGUCCGUUUUAGACAGAGAGUUGACGGACACCCGGUAUAACUAUACUCUGCUCGAACCUCCGGACAACGGACACUUAAAGGUGUUAACUCAAAGUUAAUUGAAGAUGAUUGUUUAUAGGUUGAGCAAACUUUUUAUUAUUACAGUCGACUCCCUGUAACUCCCGGUAGCUCCCGGUAGCUCGAACCUCCCGUUAACUCAAAGUAAUUUUCAUUUCCCUUCAGAUCAUUUUCCAUAUAAAUUUACCCUUGAUAAUUCGAACUUUUUUCUAUUUCCCUUGAAGGUUCGAAUUAUCGGGAGUCGACUGUAUUUAAUUUUUUAUAUGUAUCACCGUCAGUAAAUAAAAUUUUCUCUCAUAGAUACUUGACAAUACAGUCGACUCCCGGCAACUCGAACCCUCUACAGCACGAACCUCCCGUUAACUCGAAGUAAUUUUCAUUUCCCUUCAGAUCAUUUUCCAUAUAAAUUUACCCUCGAUAACUCGAACUCCCGAUAACUCGAACUUUUUUCUUUUUCCCUUGAAGGUUCGAAUUAUCGGGAGUCGACAAUAACUUCAUUUCCAUUUGCAAUAGAUACGUUCAGUCUAGGUGUAAUUGAAAUUACUUGUUAACGACCUGAAUUUCAUGCAUUUCAAUCAUUUUCAUGAUUUUAUAGGUAUUUGGUGGUAACAUUGACCGUAACACUCCAGUUUAUCAUCUUCUUCAUCCACGGAUCUAUUGCAAGCAACUUCGAUUCCAACCGUGGUCUUGGUCAACGGUAGCCUCCCACGCAGGCGUUUUUAGGGGAGCUCGUAUUUCUUCCCUCCCCACAAACGCCUGCUCAACAGAGGACAACAUUCCUUUCCCUUUGUUGCAUUCGCGUGGUAAGUGACCAAUCAACGGUUUUUAAAUAAAGUGUUGACAGGCUAAACAUGACUCAUAAGCUCGUGAUAGUGAAAAAACGUGACCCAGAACGUGACCCUAGAGUUACCUUUUUCCUUCUUUUCUUUCGUUCGCUAAGGUUAUGCAGUGCACAGAGAAUUCUAAAAUCUGACUGAGUAAAUCUUACUUUUGCCGCUCUGAGACUAACAUUUAUUAGAGGACAUGAAGGUUUCUUAAAGUUUCAUGCAGAUCGCGUGAUUAUCGGGUUACCCUGCAGUCAAGGUCAACUUUCCAGAAUUUGGAAAGUACAACGUGAUUGGCUAACGGUGGGAAAGGAAUGUUGUCCUCUGUUGAGCAGGCGUUUGUGGGGAGGGAAGAAAUACGAGCUCCCCUAAAAACGCCUGCGUGGGAGGCUAGGUCAACGGGUGUCUGUAUGAGAAUCGAAGUAUACGGUUGUCAAAAAGGUAAAUAGAUGUUACAACACGAUAUUAACGACUCAUUCACGAGAGGCAGCACGCAUGGCAGUGUACCGUAUUUUCUAAUCCUCCCAAUUUAUAAAAAUUUGGUCAAAAACGGGGAUAAGGGAGCGUAAUCAAAGGAGGCGCGCUUAUCGUCGUCGUUAUCAUCAUCAUCGUCAUCAUCGUCAUCAUCAUCAUCAUCAUCAUCACCAACUACUCAAUAUUCAAAAGUGACUGUCACGAAAGUGAUUGCUUAAACAUAAAUAUUCAGACUUGGCAACCAUCGCUUACAAAUUGAAACGGGCAGACAUACAGUCCGAAAACUCUAGAAAAUCUUCGAAUUUACCCCUUCUGCCACUUAAAUGAAGUUGAACACAAAUUACACUUUCUAUUCAAUUGUAAUCUUUACGAUAGUCUUUGAUCUAACUUUUACAGAAACAUUAGUAAUAGAUAGCCCCUUUUCAAUAAUUUUGACAACACUGAAAAAGCCCUCUUCAUAUUCAACAAUGUCGAUCCUCAUAUCUACAGACUUACAGCUGCUUACAUACAUUCAUGUAUGAAAUAUAGACAAAAACGUGUUCUUUAAUUAUAGCCUUUAUUGUAACCUAAAUAAUGUAGGUAAUACCAUGUACUCACGCGGGAAUACUGAAAUAAAGUUGUUGUCAUCAUCAUCAUCAUUAUCAUCACCGUUAUUAAAUGAAGAGAAGUUCUUCGCGAUUAAAGACGCAACUUUAAUAUGCAGUUGCAAAAAGAAAGCCUGAAAAAAUUCAGGUUUUCCGAGAUUUGAACCCUGAUCUGUGCGAUUCAUUAAAUAGAUUCUUAAUACACUCGGGAAAUUGAUGAAAUUAUCAUCAUUACAGUUAUUUUAUAUUCCCCUAACCGACCCUGAGCUGUAAUAAGGUCGGCGAUCGCUGGGAACGAUGACAUACGUCUUAUGUAACUAGAAUCAGAUGCAGUAGAGAAAGAAAGCGAUAUUGUUAUGAAUAGAAUUACUCUCAUCAUCCACAUUUCGAGCAGCAUUAUUGGCAUCGUUGGUAAAGUCAUCAUCAACUUCUCCUUCUCCUAAUAAUCGUCGCUAUUUAACCCAAGUUCUACAAAUAGGCGCCACUUUGGCUAUUAGCGGAGUGCGACGUAUUGUACUGAAUACUCAUUUAGGGAUGGGAGAUGUUUAUACUCUAAAGAUCCUUUCAGUGGUAAUAACAGAGAAGGAAAAGGAAAGACAUAA